UAGCAGUGGACUUUACAAGCCGUGAAUUUUAUUUUGAGUUUUUAUUUUGUGCAUUUGGCCGAUGCUUAUAAUCUAAAGUUACAUCAAAGGUACCUUUGGAGUAGUACAAAUUUUAUUAGAAAAAUGCUUGUAGUUAAAAAUACUCAUUAACAAAUGUAAAUGGAACAAUGAUGAAAGAAAAAUUGGGGCUCAGGUAUUUUUUAUGGAUUUCCUAAAAUGUCUUUGAAUAGCACAUAUAGCACAUAUUGCGAAUUAAAUGCGUUAUGAAUUUAUUUAAACAACAUCAUUUUAGUUCCUUGUAGUAUUUGACAGUUCUUAAUACAUUUAAAUAAACGUAAUUGAAACUUUCAAUUGUUUCUUAAAUAUUCUCUAGUUGUGUUUAAUGUAAUUUUCAGUGUGUUAAAUUUAUAUUCAGAUCAGUUUUCUCGAUGUCCAUUUUCUUGAGGUCUUUCUUUCAUUUAACCCGGAGCUUCAGGUUAAGGUUACCUGUGUUCCUCCGCUCCCUACCCAACAAUGUUCCCAAUAUCUCCCAAAUCAAAUUCCUAAGCCAUCGUCACAAUGGGAGAACUGUUUGAUGGUUACUCUCUCCCUCUCAGGUAUUCUCCUUAUUUAGAAGUCUGUUUGUGAACUUAAAAUAAUUCAGAAAACGUAUUAAUUUACUUUAAUUAUAAUCUAUAAGGUAAAACAUAUAAUAAAAAUAUACAAUUUUGAAGUUCUCAAAAAUCUCAAAUGCUUAUUUUAAGCUAGUUUUGCGUAAUCACGAAGUAGAAACCCAUCGAUUAUACUUACAAAAUAAAACGCCAGCGUUGCUGUCAAUAAUAAAAGCACGUUCCGUGUCUUUAAUCAAUAUAUGAUCCAUAACUAAAAUGAAGUGCUGAUAAAACGGAUAACAGAGGCGACCUGUCAAUAUCCGUUAAACAUGUUUCAUUGCUCUACUGUUUGAAGAUAAAUAUGCCAAAAACAGAACUUUUCCGGCAAAAGGAACUCUGGGGGGGGAAGAAGUCCAAAACAAAACAUUGCAUGAUAGUGUUUAAGCACUUCCAUCUGUCCAGCAAAAUUUCAGGCUAAUAGCCUGUGGCGCAUCAGUCCGUUCCCCAAACUCCGGCAACCUGACUCUGUCCUAUUAAAUCUCUCCACUCCUCCAAAAAACGAGAGAAAAAGAUCUCAAACAAGCAUAAGUCAACUGAAUAGUGAUGGUGGUGAUGAUGAUUGUGGCGGCGAUGAAGCGCGAGCCCUAAUUAAGGAAAAGAAAAGACCUCAGGCACUCAGUGAUGUGGAAAAAAAGGGCUCAUCAUUGUGGUGUGUUUUUUUUUUAAAGACCGCUCGCUCUGUGAGCAGAUGACUGCCGCUCACCUUGCCACGGGGUCUGCGUGAGAUUGGUUCAUUGUCAAGGAUUUUUUUUUACCCAUGAUUCCAUAUGGUAUGGAGUGGGCUACAUGUUGCCCAACAUGCCAGUGCAAAUGUUUUCUCAAUUAGGUGUCUUAUCUCCGGUGAGUGCGCUAGCAUCAGAUGAAGCUUGCUGACAGCGUAAUGGCAGCGAAAACCUCGGAAGGCUCCAUCAAAUGGCAGCUCUGCUACGACAUCUCGGCCAGGACUUGGUGGAUGGAUGAAUUCCAUCCUUUCAUCGAAGCACUUCUGCCCCACGUGAGAGCUUUCUCCUACACCUGGUUCAACUUGCAGGCCCGCAAACGAAAGUACUUCAAGAAGCACGAGAAGCGCAUGUCUAAAGAAGAGGAGCGAGCCGUAAAGGACGAGCUGCUCGGCGAGAAGCCGGAGGUCAAGCAAAAGUGGGCAUCGCGGCUACUGGCCAAGCUCCGCAAGGACAUCCGGCCGGAGUUCCGCGAGGAUUUCGUGCUCACCGUCACCGGGAAGAAGCCCCCGUGCUGUGUGCUCGCCAACCCCGACCAGAAGGGCAAAAUGAGGAGAAUUGACUGUCUGCGUCAGGCGGACAAAGUUUGGCGCUUGGACCUGGUCAUGGUGAUUUUAUUCAAAGGUAUUCCGCUUGAAAGUACUGACGGCGAAAGGCUGGUUAAAUCUCCGCAGUGCUCGAACCCGGGGCUGUGCGUACAGCCUCAUCACAUAGGAGUGUCCGUAAAGGAACUCGACCUGUACUUGGCCUACUUCGUGCAUGCAGAAUCAGGGCAGUCUGACAGUCCGAACCAGCCCAGUGAAGGUGACAUCAAGGACCAGCCCGAAAACGGACACCUCGGCUUCCAGGACAGUUUCGUCACAUCAGGCGUCUUCACCGUCUCUGAGCUUGUGCGAGUCUCACAGACCCCUAUCGCGGCAGGAACAGGACCCAACUUCUCGUUGGCGGACUUGGACAGCUCUUCUUACUACAGUAUGAGCCCCGGGGCUAUGAGGCGCCCCCUACCCAGCACUUCUUCUAGCAGUUCUGCAAAGCGUAUCAAAUGCAUGGAGGACGAUGUGGACAGCCCGGGAGAGGAAUCCUACUACCCAGGUCAGGGACGCUCUCCUGGCAGCGGAAGCCAAGCCAGCAGCUGGCAUGAAGUAGAGCCAGGGAUGCCAUCGCCUACCACAUUAAAGAAGUCAGAGAAGUCUGGUUUCAGCAGCCCCGUGCCUACGCAGACCUCUUCCCCCCGAACGGCAUUCACACACCAUCAUCGACCUGUCAUAACAGGCCCCAGAGCGAGUCCUCACGCCACGCCGUCAAGUCUUCAUUUCCCGACGUCGCCGAUCAUCCAGCAGCCCGGCUCGUACUUCUCCCACCACGCCAUCCGCUACCACCCCCAGGAGACGCUCAAGGAGUUUGUCCAACUUGUUUGCCCUGACAGUGGUCAGCAAGCUGGACAGGUGGGCUUCCUUAAUCCCAACGGGAGCAGUCAAGGAAAGGUGCACAACCCGUUCCUGCCCACCCCCAUGCUGCCCCCUCCUCCGCCUCCCCCUAUGGCGCGACCCGUGCCCCUGCCCGUGCAGGACUCCAAACCUCCCUCGACCUCCACCGAAGGAGGGGGCAACUCUCCCACCUCGCCAACCUACUCCACGCCGAGCACGUCUCCCGCUCAGCGCUUUGUCAGCGUGGGACCCAGAGACCCCAGCUUUGUAAAUAUCCCUCAGCAGCCUCAGUGGUACCUGGGCUAAAGACUUUUGACACAGACCGGCCGCUCCAGAGGUCACAUGACCACCCCCACCGUCUCCCCUCAGUACGACCCGCAAAACCAUGUAUACCAGUCUGAACAGAGAGAAGCCACUUGCUGCCCCAGUACCGGACAGACCCACAGCAUGGCUCCAGCAGAACCCCGCCCAAGCCCUGGAAUCAAGAGGAUUCGAUUCAACUCGCUUACACCCACUUACUAUAUAUCUAUAUAGUCCAUAUGUAUGGUUUAUAUGCCUAUAUUCAUAUAUAGUACCUGACCGGCUCUUCCGAGGGUGGAGCUUGAAAAGAAGAGCUUCGGAAACCUGCACGAUUUUUUGUCGUUUCUUUUGUUUGUUUUUCGUUUUGUUCGGUUCACCCUCAUAAAAAGACUGACUCGGAAAACGUAACGCAUCGCAAUCAAAGAGCUUCCUUCAGGAUGAAGACCUUGUGUCAUUUUAAAUUCAGUCUACGGCCAAGGGUUCGAGCCCACAACCACCCACAGGCUGGCAAGCUCUGCCUUUUCCUCGCUUGUGUCUUGACGGAUCUACUUGGUGGACGUUGGCGGUUGGCGGAUGCGGAGGUUUUACCUGGGUCAGAUACCACCAGCUAAAAUCUCUUGACUUGUUUGCGUCUUCUGGCCAGGACCAUUUCCUCCCCUUCCACCACCUCCAUCAUCUCCAUCAUCAUGUCAAAUCAAACUUCAAAGGACUCGACACCAGACACCCCAUUCUCCCAUUCAUUGUGUUUUGCGUCAUGUCGGAACAGGCAAUGAAGAGCUCAUGAUGUUUGAUCAAUCAGGUCAUUUUACGGGAGAUUUCGUUUGGAAACAUCUCCCUGCUUGUUUUUCGUACAAAACCAUUGCAGUUCUUUCUACGAAACCCCAGCUACAGAUCUGUCGCACGCUGCAGAGAACACAAAGGUUUGAGCUUCCAUAAACUGAUCGAGGUGAACCGUGAAUAUUGAAUUGAGGAAAGUGCAAUUUCGGUGGAGAGAGAUGUUGGAUUGUUAAAUAUCUUUGUAAGAUAGAUCGUUGAAGCGAUUGUUGAGAAGUAUAUAUAAAUAUAUAUUUUUCUUCCUAGUCCGUUCACACCUCCAGGACUCUAAAAUAUCGGGGUAAAAAAGAAUAAACGUAAAGAGAAAAAUAGAACAAAUAGCCUUGUGAGAAAUAAGGGGAGCUGUAAUUGCUUUUUAUGUUGUUGUUUUUUAAUGUGCUUUUGUUUAUCUUGUAAUUUUGUUAGUAUUGUAGCUCAAAUAUCCCUUUAAGACGCCAUUUAAACAAUCAACUUUGUAAGGUUUCUGGGCGCGUUGGUAGUUUGUUUUUAAAACACUAUGUUCAUUAACUUAUUUUAAUGAAGCACAUAAUAUAGGGGAUAAAAAUAGACGUUAAAUAAACGUAAAACGGUCAAAGGACGUUAAAUCUUUUCCUAAAUCUGAUGGAGAGCUGUCCCAAAGCUUUCCUCAGGCCGAAGCACUUCAGCUACUUAUUCAUAGUCACAGGUUGUCAAUAAAAGAUUGACCGAUUUUUCUCGUUUAACAAAAAUGUGAAAAUCAAAGCCGCGAACUCAUCCAAACAAAUAAUUUCUUCAUUUCCAAGGCAUGCAAUUUAACUAUUUUUGUUGCCGUAUUUUUUUCGUUUUUUACCAUUUAUUUGUGUUUCGACUGUUUCUUAUACAAAGUAUAUAUAUAUAUACACUUACAGCCGACUCAUCCACCGUCGAUCAAAGCUCAGUACAGAUUAAAAAAAUAAAUAAUAAAAUAACCUGCAUGUUCUAGUGUUAGUGACAAAUUUUUACAUAGAUUAUGUAGAGUUAAAGUAGUGUGAAAAAGUAUUGUAAUCCCAACAUCAGGCACUUGCCGAUAAAGUAUUCUUUUGAUCCCUUAAGAAGGGAAUUUUUACUGCUGUUCUCACAAUCAACCAGCUAAACAUCUCUCUGACUCUUCUCAGCUUGUCGUCAUUUCGUUAUUUCCGUCAGAACAAUCAUUUUCACAUCUUGAGUGUAAUUCAUUUCCCCUCUUCGAACUGCACGAAACAAUUGUUCCACAUCAAUGUGCCUUGAGCGAUGGUCUAGUUCAGAGGUGUUGCACAAGCUGCAGUGUGGAGAAUAUUUUCUGAGCCCGUCACCCCACCCUUUAUAGAUAAGUAAAUUAAGAUAGGGGGCGUCGAUCUUGAAACGCGAGCGGAGCAAAUUUGACGUAAAUUGUUUUACUGAAUCAUUAAAGGAAAGGAAAAACUGCAAUUGUAACUUUCAACCUUCGCCAUCUCUGUUUAAAAUAUAACAUUGCAGGUUAGUUUCAUUUACGCAUUUGGCAGAUGCAUUAUCCUAUACAUUCGUUUUUAAGUAUGUACAAUCCACUGGGAUCGAACCCACGACCUUGUUUUCCUAACGCAAUGCUCUUACCACUGAGAUACAGAAAAGCUUUACAUACUUUUUAACAUGCGUUGAAAUCAAACUGGCAACAAACUGACAUUUCCUUUGUUAUCAACAACUUAAUGAAAUAAAUAAUUAUUAUAAGCUUAUUGUUGUAAAUCGAGAUAAGAUCAAGAGGUUUAAGCACUUAGUUUAUUAUGUACUUCAUUGAUAACUUUUUAGUUUUUUCUCAGCUUUUUAAAAUCACGUAAAAAAAAAUAUUCUAGCACAAAUUUGUUCCGCUGCCCGCGACGCCCAACUAAAUAAACACUAAUUAUAAUAUUCAAUAUGACAUUCUGACAUUUUCUGUCACCAUCAAUGGUCAUUAUUGUCAGUCCUCAGUUUCAUUUAACAACUAAUGCUGUACAAGACCUUAAAAUGAAUCUUUUUACAUUUCAAUCAGUCGAAAGUCAAUCAUUUCCUGAGUAUUUGUACAGAAUAUGAGUAAUACUGAGAUUUAUUUGUCAACAAUACACUUACAACAUUUAUCCCUACCCCUCUCUCAUCACAUUAUUGAUUUAACACUAGUGUUUUGAUAUUUAUGAAUUUUGCUGCAAUUUCUAUAUGGAGUCUACUACUUUUUCCUUUCAGUCUUCCUGUUUUUCUUUUGUUUUGUUCCCAGGUGAAAAAUGAGGAAAGUUAUUAAUAUGCAAUACUUGCUUGCACUCAUGUAAACAUUCAUUAGUCAUUUCAUUUUCUUUUAAUAAUGACAUACCCACCACAAGAGAACGUGACAUGAAGUCAUCAUCAGCUUCUUUCGGGUUUCUCAUUUCUUUCCCUUUGACACAAGUGACCAUAAAUGUUUGGGAAAACUUUUGUUUUUUUUUGGUCAAAAGCCUUAAAACAAGGAAACACAUUUUUGACAGCGAAAACGUCCAGGACUAAAAUCUGCCCACUUUUUGAUGUACAUUUGGUUCCAUGUUAGAUUCAUUGUUGACCUGUUUUUUUCUAUUGCUAAUUUCUUUGAAGAAAAAAUGACGGGAAUGACUUUCCCAGGAAUCUGAUGUGAUGGUUUUGUAGUUACACUUGUGUGGGUUUCGUUUAUUUUUUUAGCGUGACAUUUUGUUUUGUUAUUGUUCUUGCCUACCCUUUAGAAAUGAGUUGGGCAUUACUUGUCUGCACUAAAUAUAAAAUAAUGACAAUUGUGAAAAUUAAAAAAUGAAAGAAAAAUCACACAAAAAAAGCUUCCAGGGCUUAAAAGAGCGAAGGGAAACACAAUUGCACGGAUACUUUUUAUUUGUUGUCACAAAACUUUGUUUCAAGCAGCCGGGCAUCUAAUCAAUGAAAUUGGCUGUGUAUGUAAGAUAAUGACAAAAUUGCACCAUUUUUCAAGAAAGAAAAAAGAGAAAAAGAAUUUAAAAGCAAUAGUUUGGGCAGUCUGUUUUGUUUUUUCGUGUCGUGUGUUAUUUCGUUUUUUUGGUACAAAGUGGAGAUAACGUGGGAGAUGCGAGCAAACGAUUGGAGAAGAGAGUCAGGGUGGCCGCACCCGAGUAUGGGAGAUGUGAUGUUUGUAUAUUGUAUAGUUUUAUUAAUUACACUGAUUUUAAAGCUGCCCUAUUUUAUAAUGCAGGACUUUUGUAACAUUGAUUAAAUGAGGAAAACUAGUGUUGUGAAUUUGCUGAUUGUUUGUAUUAUGGCCACAUAAAUAGAACUGGUUUGUUUGUCCUCUGGGAAACUGGAUUUAAGUUGAAAACUUUCCCGUUUCCUACAUUGUUUUUAUUUUCCUUUUGGCUUUUUUGUAUGUAUUUAAAGACUUCUUUCUUCUUUCGAUGGUAUAGAAGUAUUCCUACGCUUGAAAAGUGUGGGAUACUGAGGUGAAAAGCCCCAUUGUAAAUGGAUGUUACAAGUAUGCUGUAUGAUGUUUUGAAGGUUCUUUGUUGCAUCAGUGUUGAUGAAGCUAAAUCUAGAUCAUUCUGAGGAUGUUGGUAAGAGAGCGUUUUUAUGCAUUUUAAAAUUUAGUUUUAGGCAGAAGGUAUUGACAUAGACCGCCAAAGGAUGCCCCUAUUAUAAAUGCAUCUAGGCAUCUUUUUGUGUUUACCAUUCCAUGCAGGAAAAUAAACCGCUUGAUAUGCAACAUGA